UCCAGGAAAAGGGCUCACAUCUCAUCGAUGGGUGAAUACAGACAACUGUACCAAAAGUCGGUCACAAAUCCCGAAGAGUUUUGGACACAGAUUGCCAAAGAGUUCUUCUGGAACCGAUGGCCGACAGACAUGGAGUUUGUGUCCUAUAAUUUCGAUGUCCGCAAAGGACCCGUUGCGGUGAAAUGGUUGGACGGCUGCCAAACAAACGUGUGUUACAAUGUGUUGGAUCGGCUCAUCAUAGAUAAAGGACUCGGCGAUCGCGUGGCCUUUCAUUGGCAAUCCAAUGAUGAUAAGUGCAGUAAAAGUGUCACUUACAGUGAUUUACUGCGCGAUGUGUGCCGUUUCGCAAACGUCAUGAAGGGUUUGAACGUUAAACGGGGCGAUAGAGUUGCCAUAUAUAUGUCGGUCACCGUAGAGGUGGUGGUUGUUAUGCUGGCCUGCGCUCGGAUCGGCGCCGUUCACUCAUUCGCCGGUUUCUCUGCCGAAGCGCUCGCCGACCGUAUAAUAGACGCUAAUUGUGUGCUAUUAGUGACGACUGACGGCGCCUAUCGGGCCAACAAGUUUGUGCCAUUAAAAUCAAUUGCCGACUCAGCGCUUGAUAUAUGCAAACAAUUAAACCACAAAGUAAUGGCCUGUAUAGUGAACCCACAUCUAAACCUCCAUAGGAUUAACAUUAGCAAAGGUAACACCGAUAAUGGAGACCAUAACGAUAAUACAUCAAUCAAUUGGUACCAAAAUAUGGAUAUCCUAUGGACUGAUGCCAUGAAUAAAGUGACCGAUUAUUGCGAACCCGAAUGGAUGGACUCCGAGGACCCACUCUUCAUACUAUACACCAGUGGAAGUACCGGAAAACCCAAAGGAAUUGUCCACACGUCGGCCGGUUAUCUACUCUACACAUACAUCUCAUACAAACACGCGUUCAACUACAGGGAUGGCGACGUAUUCAUGUCCACAUCGGACUUGGGUUGGUUGGCCGGCCACACGUUCAGCGUAUACGGACCGCUGGCCAACGGGGGCACAGUUGUCAUGUUAGAGGGCACCCCAUACUGGCCGACGCCCGACCGGCUGUGGCGACUCGUCGACCAAUUGGCGGUCAAUAUGCUGUACACGACGCCCACUAUUAUACGGCAACUUAUGACGUAUGGCGAGCAACGAGUUAGAAAUUAUAGCCGUCGGUCGCUAAAAGUGUUGGCAGUGGUCGGCGAGCCCAUGAAUCCGGACGCCUGGCGCUGGGUGUGGGAUGUGGUGGGAGAGCGCCGGUGUUCAGUGGUCGACACAUACGGCCAAACGGAAACUGGAGCGAUGAUCACCGGACUGGCCGGCUGUACGCCAAUGAAACCGGGCUCAGCCGGUCUGCCCCUAUUUGGUGCGGUGCCCGCUAUACUUGACGCCGAGGGCCGCGAGUUGGACGGGCCGGCUGUCGGUCAGUUGGUAUUCAAGAAGCCGUGGCCCGGCAUAGCGCGCACGAUAGCCGGCAAUCACGGCUGGUUUGAAAUGACAUACUUUAAUAAGUUUAAGGGCUAUUACUGGACGGGCGACGGCGCCCGACGCGACGCCGACGGCUAUUAUUAUAUGACCGGCCGUACGGACGACACGCUGAAAGUGUCGGGCCGUCUGUUGUCUACUGUGGAGAUCGAGGCGGCGGUUGUCGGGCACCGGGCGGUGGCCGAGGCGGCUGCGGUGUCGGCACCCCAUUUCAUAAAAGGCCACUGCAUUCACGUGUUUGUUGUGUUGUGUAAUGGAUUUGUAUUGACCCCCGAUUUGGUGGUUGAGAUCAAAAGCAGAGUUAGGGCCAAAAUAGGAGCGCCGGCCGAACCCGAGGCGAUCUACGCGGUCAGUGCACUACCGAAGACUAAAACCGGUAAAAUUAUGCGCCGAAUACUGACUAAGGCUAUGAGUAAUGACCGCCUAUUGGGCGACACGUCCGCAAUGGCCGACGAGUCGGUACUCUCGGAGCUGUUCGCCAUCACAACCGGCGAGAUAUUAAAUGUUUAUCCGUUCAAUGAUUAGCUCACGUGUU